CGUCAUCAUCCAGCGUCUGAAAACACCAAGGACCUUUGGGAGAUGCAUGUGAGUGUCCUGACUCCCACUUUAAGGGUACAUAAUUUAUGUCUUACCAUACAAACUGUCAUUUUAAAGAACGGGAAACAGUUAGAUUCGGUGUUUGGUUUGUUCCUUCGUUAUAUAAAAACAAAUGUGUAUGGUUGUCAAUACAAUAAGAUAGAUUGUAUCCAGCUAAAGUUGUCCCUUGGACGCCGUCGAUGCACCCUGCCUAAAUGCAAUGCUACAUUCAUCGACGGGAAAGUGAAUUGGAAAGUGACCAAGUACAAUGAUGUUGGAGUCCGUCACAAUAUAAACGCAUUCCUUCUAUAUUCACGAUCGUACAGACAGCAGACACCAAUGACAACACAACAGAUGGAGACUAUAGAAGCCACCGAUGCGGCAGGGAAAAACAUCUCCGAAAUCACUUCAACGACCAAAGAGUACGAAGUGACAGGAACUGUUAAGCGCAAAAGCGAAGAGGGGGUAGAGACAGAAAAAGACUGUCGUGGUAAGAGACGGAGAGGAGGUGGUGGUAAGAACAUGAAACCAGGGGAGAGGUACAUCCCACCUCCUCAGAAGAGAAACCCCGGGGUAGGCUUCAGCCAAGAACACUUCGAUGAAACCUCGUACUAUUUCGAAGGUGGUCUGCGAAAAGUGCGACCUUACUACUUUGACUUUAAAACUUACUGCAAGGGCCGCUGGAUUGGGAAGAGUCUCUUAGAAGUCUUCAGCAAGGAGUUCAGAGCAGAAUCCUUAGAUUACUACAAAGCAGCAGCCAAAGAGGGACGCAUCCGUCUCAACGAGGAACCAGUAAAUGACUUGUCGAUAACACUCAGGAACAAUGACCACAUGAAGAACACAGUUCAUCGGCAUGAGCCUCCAGUUGUGGGCCGGCCCUUGGAGAUCCUGGAGGACAACGGGGAGGUUCUGGUGGUGGACAAGCCUGCCUCCAUGCCGGUGCAUCCCUGCGGACGUUUCCGCCACAACACGGUGAUCUUCAUUCUGGGGAAGGAGAGGGGGAUCUCAGGCCUCCACACCGUCCAUCGGCUGGACCGGUUAACCUCCGGGGUGCUGCUGUUUGCUCGAACCCUAGAGGUGUCCAAGAGACUGGACAAGCUGGUCAGAGACAGACAGCUGGAGAAGGAGUAUGUGUGCCGUGUGGAGGGGGAGUUUCCAGAGGCUGAAGUGGUGUGUGAGGAGCCUAUCCUGGUUGUGUCCUUCAAGGUGGGGCUGUGCCGGGUGGACCCCCUCGGCAAGGAUUGCCGCACUGUCUUUCAGAGGCUCAGCUACAACGGAAGCAACAGCGUGGUUCGCUGCAUGCCUCUCACUGGGCGCACACACCAGAUCCGUGUCCACCUCCAGUUCCUAGGGUUUCCUAUCCUCAACGACCCCAUCUAUGGCUCCUCGGCCUGGGGCCCCGAAAGGGCCAAGGGGGGACUGGUUGGGCUGAGUGACGAGGAGUUGCUGAAGGCUUUGCUGGAUGAGCAUCGCUCAAAGGAGAGCCUCCACCUUUUAGACCUACCCGAGGAUGCCAGCAGCCUCUUGCAGGAGGGCAUUAUGGGAGUUGGAGUUAAUGGAAAAGACCUACAGAAUGCCGCCUGUGAUACUAGCUUGACCAGGCCUGAUGAGUCUGGGGGAUGUAGUUCACAAACACAUAGAGAUGUCAGCAAUGAAUGUACAGAGCUUCAGACACAUCCAGUACAGCCUGUGUCUACAGACUGUACCCUGAAUGACAUGCGCCCUUUGCAGGGUGCAGGCAAGGAUGGAGCCUUGUCAGGUUGUGCACCAGCACCCCUCUCAGGCCCCAGAGACAGAGACCCUCUGUGUAGUGAGUGUAAGAUCACUAGGCCGGACCCUACCGAGAAGGAGCUGAUCAUGUAUCUGCAUGCUUUACGCUACAAAGGACCGGACUUUGAAUACAAGACCUGCCUACCUUACUGGGCUAAAGAAGACUGGGUUGAUGACUAGAGCUCAACUUAAUGUCAUGUUGUAAAUUCAUGAUUAAUAUUUUAUCAGUCUUGAGAGUAUGGUCAAAAUUAACAUUGAGUGAUGUUAGGUACAUUGAAAUUGCACAGAUUUUGGCCCUCGAAGACUAGGAAUUACAACUACAGUUGUGAGGAUUUUGCUUGACUUUUUCUCAUAAGGUGUACUAGUUAACAGUUACAUUGAGAUUUUUUAGGGAGUUUGCUAUCACACAUUAUUUCUGAUGUCAUUUUAAAUCAAAAGGAAUUUUGUUCAAACAAAACAACCAAAAUAAAGCUGUAACCAGGAAAAAUACACUUUAUUUUUUUACUUUCCACCUUGUGGAAAAUGUACAGCAUUGUGAUUCCUUAAGUCUAAUAGUGGUUGCAACCUCAUGUCAUCAAUAUGAAGCUGUGUUAUUCAUUCCUUAAAGCAGAAUGUUUUGCUUAGUGGCAAAAAAAAGAUCAUCCAAGAGUACUACAUGAGAAAGAAACACCUUAAAUAAGUGAGACAACUUGCUUGUUAAACACUUGAAAGUCACUGUUUCAAACCUCAACUUUCUUACACAAUAAUCAAAUGUCGCCUGUAGGCCUACUACGAAGCAAGUUCAAUAUACCAGAAAUAUAUUUUAGUAAGCUGGCUUCUCUGAGCCUUUCAACUGCAAUCACGCUAAGCAGUGUUACGACAGUGGCUAUCAACUUGUUAACUCAACCCAGGUUUUACCAAUCUUUUGUGUGUUCACGUAUAAGGGGCCAAUUGCAAUAAUGGUCAAGUCUACCAGAGACAGAAGAUGUACAGAAGAUGAGCAAACUACAAUAUUAAACAAAUGAUACAUUUUUUUAUAUAAUCCAGGCAAAAAAGAACACAGUUGCCUCUGCCAAAAGCAAGGCGGAAAGCUGGUAAAAACUUGCCGACUAAAUUAAUAGGCUUACCAAAAUUACAGCCCCAUCAUUAAGGCACUAUUACAAUAGUGUAUUCCAUUAAUGUGUUAAAAGGUCUUUUGAGAAAAUAAAAAAUAUAUACAAAACCUAAUUCAGACCAGUAAAUAGCCUUACUUAUAAGCAAAUCAUUAUACGGUCAACAAGUAAGUAAUUUGGCUUCAGUGCUUUAACCGUUCUCUGUUUUAGGAUAAUAUUAGUAGUCUAUAUACACUUCAAAGAUACUCGUCAUGGAAAGCCAAGUGUUUUGUCUGACUCACUAUUCGCGCACCGAGGUCGGGAUAUUCUAGAAACAAUGAAGCAAUUUUCCAAGACAAUUGAUUGUUCAGCAGUCGGUGCUUUCAUACGUGUUGAUCUGUUAUCUCAAACAACACACUCCGGGCAGGUUAAGUGUGCAGCAUAAGUUACUGUGGCGAUUACCCUGGUAAAAAGCCAACCACUGUCGUGAAACUGAAAACCCAGAAUUAAACCUGAAAUUACCUUGCUAACCCCAAAUCCUGCUUCGUAGUAGGCUCCUGGUUAAGACUUUACAUCAACACU